AUGAAUUACGAGCAGCUGGUGGUUAAAGAAGAGGUUCCCCCUGAGCAGCAGGAGUGGAGCUCCAGUCUGGACCAGGAGGACCCAGAGCCCCCCCCACACAUUAAAGAGGAGCAGGAGGAACUCUGGAGCAGUCAGGAGGGAGAGCAGCUUCAAGGGCUGGAGGAGGCUGAUAUCACCAAGUCCACAUUCACUCCUGUCCCUGUGAAGAGUGAAGAUGAUGAAGAGAAACCUCAGUCCUCUCAGCUUCAUCAAAGACAAACUGAACACCUGGAAACAGAAGCUGAUGGAGAGGACUGUGGAGGACCAGAACCAGCCAGGAACUCAGAUCCAGAGAGACAUUUACAACCAGAGACUGAGGACAACCCUGGAGACUGUUCUGAAGACACUGAAGACAGUGGAGAUUGGAAGGAGACCAGAGAACCAGGUUCAAACUCUCAGAGAAAUAAACAAGACUCUGUCAGUGAUUCAAGACGUAUUGCAAGAGAGAAACCAUUCAGCUGCUCAGUCUGUAAGAAAUCUUUUACACGGAGAGGAAGUUUAAAGAAACACAUGUACAUCCAUACAGGAGAGAAACCAUUCAGCUGCUCAGUCUGUAAGAAGUCUUUUACUCAGAGAGGAUAUUUAAAGAAACACAUGUACAUCCAUACAGGAGAGAAACCAUUCAGCUGCUCAGUCUGUAAGAAGUCUUUUACUCAGAGUGGACAUUUAAAGAAACACAUGUACAUCCAUACAGGAAAGAAACCAUUCAGCUGCUCAGUCUGUAAGAAGUCUUUUACUCAGAGAGGAUAUUUAAAGAAACACAUGUACAUCCAUACAGGAGAGAAACCAUUCAGCUGCUCAGUCUGUAAGAAGUCUUUUACUCAGAGUGGACAUUUAAAGAAACACAUGUACAUCCAUACAGGAAAGAAACCAUUCAGCUGCUCCGUCUGUAAUAAGUAUUUUACUCAGAGAGGAUAUUUAAAGAAUCACAUGAGAAUUCAUACAGGAGAGAAACCAUUCAGACAAACUGAACACCUGGAAACAGAAGAUGAUGGAGAGGACUGUGGAGGACUUGCUAGGAACUCAGAUCCAGAGAGACAUUUACAACCAGAGAUCGAGGACAACGACAAGGAUGACAUAUUCUGUUCAUUUUCAGACGUCCAGCAGCUGGUGGUGGUUAAA